AAUCUGGUGGUGGUACCAAUAUCAAAGGCUCUUGCACAGCAAAGGGCUGGGAGAGCUGGAAGAGUACAACCUGGGAAGUGUUAUAGGCUCUACACAGAAGAAUAUUACCUCAAGGAAAUGUCUCCAGAAGGAAUCCCAGAGAUGCAACGAUCAAACGUCGUCUCGUGCAUAAUACAACUAAAGGCCUUAGGUAUAGAUAAUAUAUUAGGUUUUGAUUGGAUAGCUUCUCCAUCACCAGAGGCGAUGGUACGAGCUCUUGAAGUUCUGUACUCUCUUGGUAUUAUCGAUGAAGAUGCAAAACUUACGUCACCCACCGGCUUUCAAGUUGCGGAGAUUCCAUUAGUUUCAGACGCAUCUAGCGCUCGUAAUAUUCAUCCACAACCUCAUUGCCCUUCAGGUUCAACAUCUUAAUUGCCGAGCUCACUACGACUGGAUCUGAUAUGAUAUUAUUAGCUUUUGUUUUCAUUUCUCCUUCUCUUGGGUUGAAAAACUAGAAAUUAUUGGUAUUGUGAUUUAGUGACUAAAUACUCGUUUAAAGAUAUAUGGAUAAUACCUUGAGAUAUUUUGGUAUUAAUUAGUGUAACUAUAAAACUUCUUUUAUAUGCUUUUUUUGUUAAUGCAAAUCAAGGCGAAUAAAAUUAAAGGUAUGCUUAAUGAUAA